CUGGGUCCUCUCGAGUAACUAUGACGUGGUCCACGGUAGGAGCGGGAGAAUCGAGAAUCCUCAAGGCGGGAGACUCGAUCGGAGAGCUGGCGUACUUCAUCACGAAUACAAGUGAUGGCAUCCAAAAUCUUCCAGACCCAAGAUGGUUCGGGCUCGUCCGCUCUCGGUCGUGGUCGGCGUCGUCGGGCUUCUCUUAUCGUGGCACGACUUGUCUCUUUGCCUACGUUGCUUGGUCCUUCUCCGACAUGGCUUGGCCCUCUCCGCGCGGCUCCGCAUGGCCUCAGUCUCGGCUCUCAUUAAUGCUUUCCUCUUGCUCAAUCGCGGUAGUUCGGGGAUGAGGCAUUUCACCAUCGUUUCAGCAAACGAACCGGGUGAACUUCGUCUCUUGGAUGAAGCACGUCUUCUUCACCGGCACCCGUAUGUCCCGCGAGAAGUCCACUUCACAACGAAGAAGGAUAAGCAUGAUUGGGACCGCAAAAAGAAGGUGAUGGAGUCGAGAGCCAUCACGGAGAGCAAUGAGAAAGAAAUGGACCCAAUCAAUUUGGACGUCGUUUAAAAGAACAUGAAACAAACGGAUAUCAUCCUUGUUCACGACGCCAUGGUUCGAAUCGCGAGGCAACAACACAUAACAAAAAAUGUAUUGAAGCACCCGUUGGGUCAAAGUGAGGUUGAUGACACCCGGGUUCGAGGAAUUGGCAUAAAAAAGCCGAUCAAAG